GUGUGUGAGUGUGCAGCUGAUUCAGCCGUACCCUCAUCGUGAGUUCACUCUCUCUGAGUAUCAAUGCUCUCUCCAGUCACUCAGUCUCUGUCCCUCCGCCUCGCUUGUCGUUGCUAAGCAACCAGCCUCGUCAAAAGUGGACUCCGAACAAUCUGCAACAGAUUCUAACGAACUAUUCGACCAAUCAGAUGACAGUAGUUCUGCUCAAGCUGUCGUAAACCAACGAAGAGUUAUAUUCAAUACAAGUCAAAGGGCAAAGGUCAUCGACUGGGAGAUGGCAGUGCUAAUACUAAUGAGCCGAUGGAUAUGGAUGUUGGAGGCGAUAAAGAUGAAGAAGAUGAAGAAGAUAUGGAUCAGGAUGACGAUGACGAUUACGAUGCUAAUGACAAUAAUAUGAACGUGAAUAUGUUCCCCCUUCGUGGUUUUGGACAGCCCCCUCCUGGGAGACCACACCCACUAGCCAGGGGGGCUAAUCGAGUUGUACCUGGUCGUUUUAUGCCCGCUGGUAUGGGGUUUGGAGGUGUGGAGUUUGGUGGUAUGGGGGGGGGUGGUGAGGGGGGCAAUCGUCUGGGGGGCAAGGAGGCGGCAGUGGACAGUGGCGUACAACAACAGGCAAUACAAAUGAGAGAGGCAGCUCGUAGUGCUGCCAUCAGACGUUCCGAGGCUCCCGCCCCUCACACAUGGCACACUCCUCACACCCUCACACACCACGGACCACCCUCUCUUGAGGAGCUCUCCACACGAGCACUACUCACACUCAGUAGCAGUUACGGUAUGCCGUCGUGUAGUCGGCUAAGCCCAUUGGUCGCUCGUAGAUUCAUGAGGGCACUAAAGGACAAGAAGAGGCCCAACGUCAAAACACUAGCAGCUUUCCACGGAUGUCCUGUUCAAGUGAUAGAGUUGGAUAACUAUAUCUACGCUACCAAUAAACUACUACAAGCUCUGUGCUACUUCCCCAGUAUCACGUCACUCAGUUUGGGCUCUUGUUCCAUUAUCACAGACAGAGCCAUCACAUCACUGCUUCCAUACCUCCAUGCACUGACCUCACUCAAUCUCAACGGCUGUAGACAACUGGACGAGGUCAUCUGUCGAGGAAUCAGAAGUUGUACUUUGCUGGAGGUACUGAAGUUAUCGGAGGUGAAGGUGACUGACAGGGGGUUUUCCAUACUCCUGGCCACGCCCCUCACACACCUACGAGUGUUGGACCUUUCCAAGACUCAGAUCACAACUAAAUCACUCCAACUAUUACCAGCAGAGAGAUGAAAGAAAUUCAUUCUGUGGCUGUUAAAAACCUUAUGGCAUGCUUAAAGCAAAGUUCUGUGGCGGAUAUCAGUGGAGACUGUACUAAAGCAAAGCAACCAAUAUCAAAACUAAGAGAUGCACUUACUGAACUAGUGUACUUAUUAGUCAUCAAUCCAUAAAAUAAUAUCAUUCCCUGUAGGAUCACCAAAUCUUGAAGUAAAUCGUGAAGACUUUGUUUGUUAUCUUCUCUGUGUGAUACUCUCUCCCAAUGGCCUUCACUACCGAAUGAGCGCUUGAAUGUGAGUUGUGCAGAGAAGACUUUCACUCGAUAGUUGACUUGAUCGCAGACGUACAAUCAAUCUUUCUUCUUGCUGAAACAGAUGCCCAAGGGAAGGUUGAAUUGUCCAUCCUCACUUCCCAUGCAUCCAACAGUAACAAUGAACUUCCCGUAAACUUCUGCACUCGAUGAUUACCAGAAUCACUCACAUUAAAUGGCCACAAUCAUUCCCAUUGUGUACAAUGUAAACAUGUCACACACCCACACAUUUACUCCCUCUCUUAUUGUGUCCCUCUAGAUGUGGCUGAGCUGGAGGGUGGGGAGUCCAAGGUGACCACACUCAUCGGGGCAGCUGCUAGCAUAGACAAUGUCUGCAGAAUGGACCCUCUUGGAACCCAUGGGUCUAGUCACUGGACACUAGCUAUGAAUAGCUAAUUUGAAUGAUUACUAGCUAUUAAUUAUUAUACAUGUGUACAUACCACUUCUGGAUUUAUUAUUGUACAUACGCAGUUUCGGCAUUACCUAAAAAGAUUGUCGUUGGUUAAAUUA